AUGGAGAAGGGAAACUGCAGCACUGUGUCAGAGUUCAUCCUCCUGGGAUUAUCAGACCUCCCUGAGCUGAGUGUCUUCCUCUCCCUGGUGUUCCUGCUCAUCUAUGGAGUCACAGUGAUGGGCAACCUGGGUAUGAUCGCAGUGAUCCAGGUCAGCUCUCAGCUUCACACCCCCAUGUACUUUUUCCUUAGCCACUUGUCCCUUGUAGAUUUCUGUUACUCCACUAUCAUUGUGCCUAAGAUGCUGACCAAUAACAUAAGCAAAGACAAAGCCAUUUCCUUCCUGGGUUGCAUGGUUCAGUUCUAUUUAUUUUGUACUUUUGUAGUCACUGAGGUCAUCCUGCUGGCUGUGAUGGCCUAUGAUCGUUUUGUGGCCAUCUGUUACCCACUGCUGUACCUGGUUAUCAUGUCCCAGAAGCUCUGUAUGGGACUGAUAGCUGUCUGCUAUCUCUGUGGAGUAGUGUGUUCUCUGAUUCACAUGUGCUUAGCUCUUGAGCUCCUGUCUUAUAGAUCAAAUGUGAUAAACCACUUCUUCUGUGAUUUACCCCCUCUCUUAUCUCUUGCCUGCUCUGAUGUGUCUAUGAAUGAACUGGUAUUGUACAUUGUGACCACUUUCAAUGAGGUCACCACCAUUGUGAUCAUCAUCACCUCCUAUUUGCUUAUUCUCAUCACUAUCCUGAGAAUGCGCUCUGCAGAGGGAAGGCGCAAAGCCUUUUCCACCUGUGCCUCCCACCUUACAGCCAUCAUUGUCUUCCAUGGAACGAUCCUUUUCAUUUAUUGCAGACCCAGUUCUGACUACAGUCUGGAAACUGAUAAAGUAACCACUGUGUUCUAUACUGUAGUGAUUCCCAUGCUGAACCCCCUCAUCUAUAGCCUGAGGAACAAGGACGUGAAGGGAGCACUCAGGAAAAUGGUGGGAUUCAAACUACUUUUUCAAGGAUUGAUUCCUUAG